CCCAGGAAUAUUCCAUGGCAGUUAGGGGCCCUGUUCUGCUGACUAGGUUGGGGCCUUCUCUUGGACCAGGAGCUCAUGUGCCUAAUAAAGGAGCCUCCCUUCAUUCUUUCUCAGCCCCCAGGCACUAUGGUGGCAACAGCUCCACCUGAUGAAAAUAUUUAAAAGAUGAGGGACAGUUGAGCCUGGCAAGGGAAAGGGGAGAUGGAAUGCAAGACAGGAGCGUCCAAGAUGGGUAUGGGGGACUCUAGGAGUGAGUUCCCUGGGUCAGGAGAAGAAAGGGCCCAACAUCAGAGGCCUAGAAAGGAACGGGAAGACUGGAAGACAGAAUGGGAUGGCAGUGAGCUGGAACAAGAAGAGGGGGUGCAGGGCUUCACCCUUUACUCCAGCAGUAACAGGCGGCUGCCCACAGACUACCGCCGUGCCUCUGUGUUGCCCUUUCAAUGGAGAAUUAUACACAGCACCCACUGGAUAGCACAGAUGCUGGCCUCCACACUCAGCCUGGUUGCCUUCAUCCUUCUGCUGGUCAUGAUCUUCUCUAAGAAUUGGCUGCAACUCUCUGUGAGCCGCUACUACCAGCGCUGGCCCAUAAAUGUCAACAAUAGAAUCUAUACUUCGGCCCUUAUUAUGUCAAUGGGGCUCCUGCACUUCUGCAGAUCCAAGAACUGUCCCAACUUAGAGAAUGAGAAAGAAAAUUUAAAGCUGUGGCCAAAUCGGCCUCUCUUUAAGGUGGCCAAGUUAAGCUUCGACCUGACCGUGGUGCUGGGCUUUGUCCUCACCUUCUGGUUGCACCUGCCAUACCUGUCCGGUAUUGAGAAAUUGCCCUCCUUUGGCUUGAUUGGGACCAUCUUGAGCGUCUGCGAAGCCACCUGCAUUUUCUCCAGCCUCUUGUUGUUCCCCAUUAACCUCUGGAUCUUCGAGUUGGAGGGGAACCUGUCAAUCCCCAUGGGCUGGAGCUAUUUCAUCGGUUGGUUGGUAUUUGUCCUGUAUGUCACCUGCGCGGUCCUUUGCACCUUCAACCAUAAAAGUUUCCGGAGUCUGGCUCUGAGCCAUUCCUCUGGCGCCGUGUCCUGCAGCAGCACAGCCAUCUCCAUAGAAGGAUAUCUGAGCGAUGAAACUAUCACGGACUCCUCUCUCAGCCAGGAGGAGGAAGUCCUGGGGUCAUGAGCAAAAAUAUGCACAUCCAUAACCUUUUCUGAACUCCUGGCAACAGGUUCUGUGCUUUCAUUUGAAUUCCUCUCCUCAUCCUUCCCCUCAGCCCUUGGAUAGGCUGGUCCUCAUCACUGCAAGGAAUGAGAAAGGGAGGAUCUUGGACCAGCUUGGCACUCCUCUUCCUUAUUUAUAGCUUGGGUGACAUGGAAUAAAUGAUCUGUCUUUUC